AUGACGGAGCCGCUGGGCUGGUGCCUUGCGGCCCUCCGGGGCUCGGCGGGGCCGCGCCUCCGCCGGGCUCUGAGCGCGCUCCGGGCCCGGCACUCGCGAGGCCGCGGCGGCGCCGCCCGCAUCCGGGAGCGCGGCGGGGUCCGGGCCCUGGUGGAGCUGCUGCGGGAACCGGGCAGGGCCCGGCCGGGGCUGGAGCUGGCGCUGAGCGUGCUGGGGAACGUGUGCACAGAGAGCGGCUGCAGGAGGCAGGCCCGGGCCAUGGGCGCCGACAGGGAGCUCGUGUCCCUCCUCUCCCUGCCCGGCCCCGAGUGCGUUCUCUCCCGCGUGGUUCGGGCCCUGGCGAACCUGGCCCUGGAGCCCGAGGGUGCCCGCGACAUCCUCGAGGCUGGCGCAGCCCCCCUCCUGGUCUCCCUCUGCCGCUCCUGCACCUCCCCCUCGUGCCUGCACGGCACCGCCCGCGCCCUGCGCAUCCUCGCCUCGUCGCGCUCGCGGCACCGCCGGCUGCUGACGGCGCUGGGGGCCGUGGCCGCGCUGGCCUCGCGCUUGGCGCCGCUGCCCUGCUCCCACCCGGCCAGCGCCUCCCUGGCGCGCGCCCUCCGCGCCCUCACGCUCCCGCCCUGCGCGGCGCUCCCGGAGCUGCUGCCGGCGCUGCCGGCGCUGGCGCUGAUGGCGGCGCAGCCCAAGGCCGAGCUGCGAGGCCCCGCCCUGGGCGCCAUCGCCAACGCCUGCGCCAUGGGUACCCUGCGGCCGGGCCUCGGUGCCGCCGGCGCCGUGGAGGCGGUGAUGGAGGAGGUGAGGCGCAACCGGGAGCAUCCGGACGCGCUGCGGGCGCUCUGCCUCCUGUGCAGGGAGGCGGUGAACAGGGCCCGGAUCCGAGCGGGGGGGGGGUUGGAGCUGCUGGUGCAGGGCCUGGGGCAGGCGCAGGGCAAGGGGAGCAGGGCCCGGAUCCUGCUGGCGAUGGCGGCGUUCGCCUACGAUGAGGAGGCGCUGGAGGCCAUGGAGGCGCUGGGAGCGGUGCCGGUGCUGGUGGAGCUGCUGCAGGGGGUGCAGGACGAGGAGGAGGAGGAGGAGGAGGAGGAGGAGGAGGAAGCGGCCGCAUCCUGCGAUCAACCCAGGGAUGUGAUGGAGCAGAAGAGGGCGGCAACGGGGAGCUUGCAGGGGCUGAGGUCCUGGCUGCUCUCCGAGUCCCUCUCCCCUCCUCCCUCCCCUCCCCCAUCCUCCCCGCCUACCCCCCUCCCCUACCCCCCCCUCCCCCCUCUGGCCCUGCCGCAGGGGGCGGGGCCCUGGCGCUGGGGGCGGGGCCUGCGGGGCCCAAUCCUGUUGCUGCUCUCCCGGCUGGGGCUGAGGGCGGAGCCGAGCCCUGCGCUGCUGGCGCCGCCCGUGCUGGGGGGGCUGCUGCGGGCCCUGGGGGGGUGGGGAGGGGGCGGGCCCUCGGCAGUGGCCACGCCCCCUCCGCCGGUUUUGGCGCGCCUCGUGCAGCGCGUACUCGGCCACGCCCCCUUCCUGGGCGCGCUCGUGCGCGGGUUCGUCCCCUCCCUGCUGCGGAGGAGGCUGGUGCUGGCGGAGGGGGGGGGGAGAGCCCGCAGGGAGCUCGGUGAGGACAUGGGGGGGGCUGUGGGGGGUCUGUGGGGGUCUAUGGCUCUAUGGGCUCUCUGGGUGCCUGCAGGCGAGGCUCUGCUCCGCACCGUGGCUGCCGUGGCCGCCGCCCCCUUCGGCGUGGGGCUCCUGACGCACCUGAUGCGCUGCGGGAGCGCCCCCGCGCGGCUGGCGUGCGCCACUGCACUGCCGCUCAUAGCCGGGCCCUCAUCCCCCGCCCAUGAGCUGCUGUGGGGGGGAGGGGCCGUGGCCCUGCUGCUCUCGGCCGUGGCCCAGGGCCCCGGCUCCCCCUAUGAGCCCCCCCCCGGCUUCCUGCUCUACGCGGCCGACGCCAUCGCCCUGCUGCGGGCACACGCCAAGGACACGCCCGGACACACUAAGAACACGCCUGGACAUGCUAAGGACAUGGCACUGGAUCCGAUGGACACAGCAGAACACAAUAAGGACAUGGCAAUGUAUCCUAUGGACACGGCAGAACACGCUAAGGACACGCUAGGACACGCUAUGGACACAGCAGCGGAGGAUGCUCUGGAGCAAGGCAGCAAGGAUGAGGUCCCCACUGAGCCCAGCCCCAUGGAGCCGUGGGGCUUCGGGAGCCUCCUCCCCCCCCUCCUGUCCCCUCUGCCCCACGGUGCCGGGGGAGGGGCCCAGAGCCCCGCCCCUUCCUCUCCCAUCCCCUCCCCAUUGGGUUCCCAUCCAUUUCCCACCCCAUUCCCAAGCUCCAUCCCAUCCCCCACCUCUUCCAGUGCAUCCCAGUUGGGUUCCAGUGCAUCCCCAUUGGCUCCCAAUGCAUCUCCAUUGACUCCUGAUGCAUCCCCGUUGGCUCCCAAUGGAUCUCCAUUGGCUCAAAAUGCAUCUCCCACCUCUUCCAAUGCAUCCUUAUUGGGUUCCAGUGCAUCCCAGUUGGGUUCCAAUGCAUCCCAGUUGGGUUCCAAUGCAUCCCCAUUGGCUUCCAAUGCAUCCCUAUUGGCUCCCAAUGCAUCCCAGUUGGGUUCCAGUGCAUCUCCAUUGACUCCUGAUGCAUCCCUAUUGGCUCCCAAUGGAUUUCCAUUGGCUCCCAAUGCAUCCCAGUUGGGUUCCAAUGGAUCUCCAUUGGCUCCCAAUGCAUCCCAGUUGGGUUCCAAUGCAUCCCCGUUGGCUGCUAAUGCAUCCCUAUUGGCUCCCAGUGGAUCUCCUACCUCUUCCAGUGCAUCUCCAUUGGCUGCCAACGCCUCCCCAUUGACUCCCACCUCCUCCCCAUUGGCUCCCUCCCCCUCCCCCACCUCCUCCCCAUUGGCUCCCUCCCCCUCCCCCCUCCCCCCCUGCCCUUACUCCCAAUCCCCCCACGACCUCCUCGUGAUCCCCUCCCCCCCCUCGCCCCUCCCCCUCCCCGCCUCUCGCUCCGCCCUCUCGGCCUCCUCCCCGGUGCUGGGCGCCAUGUUGGGAGGACCGUUCCUGGAGGCCCGCCAGGGGGCGGUAACGCUGGGCUGCGCUCCGCUCCCUCCCCUCCUCUUACUGCUCCACUUCCUGCACGGCUGCCGCCGCCGGAACUGCUCCCUUUGGGCCACGCCUCUUCCGCCGGGCGUAGCCGGAGCCGCUCUAGCGCUGGGGAGGCGCUUCCUGCUCCGCCAACAGCGCCCCCUGGAGGCGGAGGUCUCGGCGGGGGUCCGCGCAUGCCCAGUGGCGCUCUGGGUGCUGGCGGAGCGCUGGGGGGCGGCGGCGCUGGCGCGGAGGGCGGCGCGCAUGCUCCUGCAGGGGGCGCCACAGUGCGUGGCCCGGCGCCUGCGCGCAGCCGCCGCCAGGACUCGGUGCCCGCGGGGGUUGGCGCAAGCGCUCAUGGGAGUGAUUGACCCACGUGGGGGGGAGGGGGAGGGGGAUGACGUGUGGGUGGGGGAGGGGUGGGGAGGGGACCCCCUGGUGCUGGGGGGAGGGGUGGAUCUGGAGGAGGGGGCCCCCUAUGGGGCCUCCACCUCUGAAGGCCUGCUCUGA